AUGCUGAAGUUUGCCGUUCUUGCUGUGUGUUUGGCUGGCGCCAUGGCUCAGUGGUAUGACAAUGAUGAAUAUAACGGAGGAAUUGGGAUCGGCAUUGGACAUGGAAUAGGCCAUGGAUACGGGUCAUAUGGAGGACCGUCAUACUACAGUGGAGGUUACGGGGGAUACAAGGGAGGCAUUUCUAUCGGAGGCUACGGGGGAUACGGAAAAGGCUACGGAGGGUAUGGCAAAGGUUACGGAAGGAGAAUGAUCGUAUCCAAGGGAUACGGUGGUUACGGAUCCGGAAUUGGAAAUGGUGGUCUCAUCAUUGGUGGAGGAUAUGGUGGUGGAUACGGCGGCAUCAGUAAGGGAUACGGUGGAAACAAUGGAUUCAUCAUUGGAGGAUCCGGAUUCGGAUCAGGAAAGAAAUUUGGUAUGGGAGGUUACUAA